AUGUGGUCCUUUGUCCAGGGCCACAAUUCAAGAAAGAGGUUCAGAGAGCUUUCAGAACCUCCCAAGAUGAACCCAGCAGUGGAGCCACUGUCCUGGAUGCUGGGCACCUGGCUAUUGGAUCCUCCAGGAGCUGGAACCUAUCAUGCUGCAGCUCUUCCAGUACCUGGAGGAGUACACAUCUCCCACGUGGGCCAGUCCAUGAUGAACUUUUUGUUCAACUUCUUCCACCCAGACACGAGCAAACCGACGCACAGAGAGUGUGGCUUCAUCUGCCUCAAGCCCAACAUCAGCAAGGUGGGCUUCCUCAGUGCCCAGAACACAGGCAUACUGGAGGUGGAGGAGGGUGAGGUGAAGGGGCGGGAGCUGUGUAUCGCAUCCCACUCCAUCGCCAGGAUCUCCUUUGCCAAGAUGCCCCACGUGGAGCAGAUUACCCAGAAAUUCAGGCUGAAUUCUGAAGGCAAACUUGAACAGGCAGUCUCCAUGGUAACUACAACACAGCCAAUGACUCAGCAUCUUCAUGUCACCUACAAGAUGGUGACCCCCAUAACCUAA